CCACCACACCCGACCCUGUUUAAUUCUACAUACCGUGCUCUUAACGUUAAAAUAAAUUUGCUUCUUCUACUUUUAACUACUUUCACUCACUUGUUUCUCAUGGAAAAUUCCAAAGAGUUGUUGGAGCUAAUUUUGAUUUCUUUGAAAAUAAUUCCCUCCAAAGGCUUUAGAGUUCAUGUUUUCUUUUGCGUCCUCCCUGCUGGGUGAGCCUGCUGUUGGGCAGGAAGUGAACUCGCUUCUCUCUGGGAAACAGCUUGGAUGAAAAUUCGGGCACAUUUUCUGUUCAUUCCUAAAUGCCUUCCCUUGGCUAUUCUUUGAUAUGAACUGGGCAGCAUCUAAAUGUGUCUUUCUUGAUUUUAUUGUCUCUUUGCAUGAAAACAGAAAUGGAAUGGUUUGCUCUUUUAGUGACCUCUUGAAAUUGAUUGGGCAACAUACAGAUAAGGACGGAGGUCCCUGUGUGAGCUGCCCGAGGCUGGAAAGCUGCAGACUGUUGGCAAAGCUAGAGGGGAACUAGGCAGGAGAGGGACAACACAAAAGAAAUUCAUGGAGAAAGCUGCACUCUAUAUUGACCUAAUAAUUACAGGGAACUGUACCACAGCCAGAAGCAGCCAGCAAAUGCAGAGAUAAGCUUUUUUAACAUUUUUAUUUUUAUUUUUAAUUUUUUUUAAAUUUCAGAAUAUUAUGGGGGUAUAAACAUUUUGAUUACAUAUAUUGCCUUUGCAAGCUUUUGUAAAGGAACUAAAGAAAGGAAAAGGAGGAAGUAAACAAAAGGUACCAUGAAUUGGCUUUUCGAAUAGGGAACCAGUGGGAAAAUUAAGAGCAAGAAACACCUCAUUUCCUGUUUAUGGCCUGAAUGACUUGACUGUUUCCUCCUCUGAGCUAACAGUCCACGUGGGUGAUUCGGCUCUGAUGGGAUGUGUUUUGGGGAGCACAGAAGAGAAACGCGUGACCAAGGUAGACUGGAUGCUGUCAUCGGGAGAGCCUGCCAAGGAUGAAUAUGUGCUAUACUAUUAUGCCAACCUCAGCGUGCCUGUGGGGCGCUUCCAGAACCGUGCGUCGUUGGCGGGCAACAUCUUGCGCCAUGAUGGUUCUCUCCUGCUCCAAGACGUGCAAGAGGCCGACCAGGGCAACUACACCUGUGAGAUGCGCGUCGACAGGGAGAGCUCGGUGUUCAAGAAAGCAGUGGUGCUGCACGUGCUGCCAGAGGAGCCCAGAGAGUUCACGGUCCAUGUGGGUGAUUCGACUCCGAUGGGAUGUGUUUUCCGUAGCACAGAUGAGAAACAAGUGACCAAGGUAGACUGGAUGUUCUCAUCGGGAGAGCCUGCCAAGGAGGAGGUAGUGUUACGCUACCACCCCAAACUCAAGAUACCCAUGGGGUCCCCCCAGAACUGGGGCAACUUCCAGAACCAAGGCCGCUUCCAGAACCGUGUAAACCUGCUGGGGGACGUCUCCCACAAUGACGGUUCCAUCAUGCUUCAAGGAGUGAAGGAGUCUGACAGGGGGACCUACACCUGCAGCAUCCACCUGGGAAACCUGGUGUUCAAGAAAACUGUUGUGCUGCAUGUGAUUCAGGACAGGCAUCACACAUUGGUGACCCCAGCAGCCCUUGGACCCGUGGUUCUGGGUGGUGAUCAGAUGGUGAUCAUCGUGGGGAUCCUCUGCGGCACCAUCCUGCUGCUCACUGUUUUGAUCCUGAUCGUGAAGAGGACCCAUGGGAAUAAGAGGUCAGUAUAUUCUACAACCUCGCUGAAUAGCCUGGAGAACACGAAGAAGGCUAAUCCAGAGAAACACAUUUAUACUUCGAUAACUACACGGGAGGUGAUCGAGGCAGAAGACGAAAGCGGAAAAUCAGAGGCCACCUACAUGACCAUGCACCCAGUUUGGCAUUCUCGGAGGUCAGAUCUGAACAACCCACUUGAAAAUAAGUCAGCUGGGGGAGUGCCAAAAACAGAGCGAGCAUUUUGAGAAGAAAGGAGAGUUCCCUUCAUCGUAGUAGUAGCAGAGACUCUCUCCUCUGUGUGUCCUGAGCUGCUCUGCCCAUUACUCUAGACUCUCUGCCCUCCCAGCUGUCCUCCUGUCUCCUUGCUUGGUCAGAGGGCUGAAGAUGGAGAGUUCGGAGCCUGCAGGAAGACUGGACGGCCCUGGAGGAACAGGCCCUGAUGAGGGGAGGGGAACACAGACGUGGCCCCUCUGGAAUGGGACACUAGCCUGGGGGGACCUGGCUGACGGUGGCCUCAAGCACUCCAUCGGAUCAGACCCUCUGUGUGGGUGGUGUUCGCUGUGUAUGCGUUGCUGGGAAGAGUCACGGAUGUAGCAACCAAUCCAAACAAUUCCUUCCGUAUAUUAUCCCUAAAUAAAUGUGGUUCGUGGAAA